AUGCGCAGAUCACAACAUGAUCAUGCGAAAGGCGAAACGGCUCUACAAGAACGGCAUCUGCUAAUCUCUCCGUAUGUCGACCGCGAACAUCGUGGAAGAUUGUAAUAAGUCUCACUCAGUGGAUUAUUCUCUGCCGGUACGACCGAGAUUCGGACGAUCACCAAGUCGACAUUUUGAGCGCUGACCGGAACUCAGCUUUGCCGUUUGUUUCAACCGAGUAUCUGCUAUUUGUGCACCGUAUACUGCUAAUUCCGACUGUCCGAACCCAAGGGGCGCUCUUUUGAAGAUUCCGACGUUCUGUUCGAGCUGCGAACGCCCGCGCACAAAUUCGCCACCACCCCUGUCGACGCGAGCUCGCCAUCGACUCUGCUCGAGAACAUCGGCAUCGACCUCGCCAAGGCCAACAGUGGAACGGUGGCCCGCCUUGACAAAGCCGAACUCAUUCGUCUAAGCUCAAUCGUCAGUUUGCUUCUGGACGUGGACAUGGACGUCUCUGACCAACUCAGCCUAGAAGUACGUGCGGCGUACAUAAGUAGUCGUCGCAAUAGUCCGCGAAGUAGUAUGAAGUAG